UGUCGAUUCAACCUUAAUACGAGGCCCUCCAACCCCUUUGCGCCACCGCCAACAAUUCUCGAAAUCACCAUCUGCGAAGCUUUUGCUCCUUUGCGAUACUAUUCGAAAGGUAUCUUCGUGUUGAGAGAAAGAAGAGUGGGAAAGAUGGAUUCAAUGGAGCCUGAGCAGACCCCUUUUGCGGCUGUGAGCGCGCAUACCUCGAGGCUUCAACGACAAUAUCAAGCAUGGCUGGACAAAUCGACUCCAUAUGUUCCGUACAGAUGGAUGGGAACCGUUGGGCUCCUCAUGAUUUUCUUCUUGAGAAUAUUCGUCGCGCAAGGAUGGUACAUCGUGGCAUACUCGCUGGGAAUCUACCUCCUGAACCUCUUCCUCGCAUUCCUGCAACCCAAAUUCGACCCCUCGAACGAAGCCAUAGACACCGAGAUGGAAGACGGCUCUGCCGGCGGCCUCCCUACGAAACAAGACGAGGAGUUCCGUCCCUUCAUCCGCCGCCUCCCAGAGUUCAAGUUCUGGUACUCGGCCACGAGAGCUAUUACUAUUGGCUUUGUAUGCACUUGGUUCUCGAUCUUCGAUGUCCCAGUUUUCUGGCCGGUUUUGGUAGUUUAUUGGUUGAUUCUGUUUGCUUUGACAAUGAGGAGACAGAUCCAACAUAUGAUCAAGUACCGAUACGUCCCAUUCUCGAUCGGAAAGACAAAGUACAACAAGAAUAGCUCUUAGCUGGAUGGAUUUUUCUUUACUAAAAGAGAGGGAGGGAGGCAGCUUGAUGAUUUGGUAACGGUAUUGAUGAGGAAUCAUCAGUUGUACAAAAAUGUCGUAUGUUUUCAUGUAGAGAGCUGCAUGAAGAGAGACUAUAGUGCCUUUUUAAUAAUGCCUUCUCUGUCUCUCUAUACUUAGGGUCUGUGGGCAUAAAGGUUGGGGUCGGGCUAGACGCUUGACAAAAGAUAGAAUAUGGUACAAUCGGAGCUAUUUGGCCCCGUCCUCUGGCAUCGGUGAUAUUUUAUGAUAAACGUUGAAUUGAGAUGUAUUAGUGGCUGCGGCAUUUCUUGAGAGGUGUGGGUGAGUUCUUGGUGGUGUGGCUUUGAUUGUUGUUGUUCCUGAGAGCACUUCGGAGCUUUUGGAAAUAUGAGUUUCUCCUUCUUGCCCCAAUUCUUGUGGCAUGUGUUCAAAGUUUUCAAAUGGUUACUGUCUAGUCUCUUUGCUGUAAUCAAUGAAGG